GCCAAUAAAAAAAGUUAUUGGGGAUUCGCUUGGAGAGUAGAUCGAGCGAGAGCGCAAAGAGGCGUAACUAUCUGCUCGCUUUAAGCAAAAGUAUACCGAGAACGAAGAUCUCUCCUUUGGAAGAGGGGAGUCGCGUUUGAUCUGUAUUCUUGGAGCCGCUGUGUGCCAAGCACCAAGGGGUCCCGAUGCAACUGCCGGCGCCCUUCCUCCUUUACGUCGUGGCCUGGGCCAACUUUUGCCACCGCCACGGCUCCGCCGCCCAGAGCGGAUCUAUCCGAGCGCUGCGAGCCUCGAACCUGCGGAGAGACGAGAGCAAUCACCUCACAGCCUUGUACCGGAAAGAGGAGACCAUCAACGUCCGGGGAAAUGGCCACAUUCACAGCCCCCGUUUCCCGAACAGCUACCCACGGAACUUGUUGUUGACAUGGAAGCUUCUUUCACCUGAGAAUACAAGGAUACAACUGGUGUUCGAUAGUCAGUUUGGACUGGAAGAGCCAGAGAAUGAAAUCUGCAGGUACGACUUUGUGGAAGUGGAAGACAUAUCUGAAAUCAGCACCAUUAUCCGAGGACGAUGGUGCGGGCACAAGGAGGUCCCUCCAAGGAUAACAUCAAGAACAAAUCAGCUGAAGAUAACUUUCAAGUCUGAUGACUACUUUGUGGCUAAACCCGGAUUCAAAAUUUAUUAUUCCCGUGUGGAUGAUCUGCAGCCUGCCGCAUCUGAAACCAACUGGGAAUCAGUCACAAGCCCUGUCUUGGGGGUAUCCUUUCACUCUCCAUCAGUGACUGACCCGACUCUUACUGCAGAAGCUCUGGAUCAGACCAUUGCUGGCUUUGACACCGUGGAAGAACUGCUCAGGCACUUUAAUCCAGACACUUGGCAAGAAGAUCUCGAGACUCUGUACACAGACACUGCCCAGUACAGAGGGAGGAACUUCUACGAAAGGAAGUCAAAAGUUGACCUGGACAGGCUAAAUGAUGAUGUGAAACGUUACAGUUGCACGCCAAGGAACUAUUCUGUCAACAUCAGGGAGGAGCUGAGGGUGACCAACGCCGUGUUCUUUCCACGCUGCCUUCUUGUCCAGCGCUGUGGUGGAAACUGUGGCUGUGGUUUUACACACUGGAAAUCCUGCACGUGCACACCAGGAAAACUAGUGAAAAAGUAUCACGAGGUGCUGAGGUUCAUCCCUGAAGCGGGUCAUAUCAGAAGAAGGGGCAGAACCAAGAACAACAUGGCGCUGAUAGAUAUUCAGCUGGAGCACCACGAGCGCUGCGAUUGUGUCUGCAGUUCAAGGCCACCCCGAUAAAGACAGACUCUCGCCAUCCUAUUUGCAACUGAAAGGACCUCUUUCUCUUCAGGAAAGGGCAGUCUGGGGAUCUUCUCCCGCAACCAUUAGACUUUGCUGAGAGCUUGCAUUGUAACUGGUAGAGAGACAUCCGCAGCAUUUCAGCCUAAAGUACCAAGUGCCGCGACAGCUAAUCAAUAAUAAUGUAGAUUUACAUACCUAAUCCAAAUGUGGGAUUAAACAAUUAAACACAGAAAGGGAAACUCUAGUGCCGAAAACAUUAGUGUCUGCAAUGAGACCUACCUGCAUGUUGGCAAUUAAACUUACAGCUGAAUUUCGUUUUCAGAAUAGUACGUGCCUAAUGAUAGCAGGGGGCACAUGUGCUUGUUUCACAUAUUCUUACGCACAACUCUUCCUGCAGGUAAACCUUUAAGCACACUUACACCUAUGCAAGGGGGGGGGUCCAUGACGGCAUACUUUGAAAAUAGUUAAUUUGUAAAUUGCAGCCCAAUCCAGGAUCCAGAAGAUAUAAAAAUUGUGUAGAGUCACUUAGUGGAUCCGAUGUACUGGGUAUGCAAAGUCCAGAUUUUGUAUUAGGAGCAAGAGACCGCAUCCAGCCAUAAGCGGAUGCAUGCCUUACAAUAAGCAAACCAUCCUAUGCAAACCUGUGCAUAGCAUUGCACACUGAACAGCCGGGAAUGCUGGAACAUGCCCAUAAAUAUUCUGUUCCUUUGUACAAUUUUCUAGGUUGAGGCAAAGAGCUUCCCCAAAGAGCUGGCCCUCCUUACCUCAAAAUACAGGUGCACAAAAUAUGAAAAGAAUAAUGAAGAUUAUGAGGGGCAGAAUUGUCCGUAUGAAAUACCUUUUUAAAUUGGGCCAGCUACAAAUGCGGCCACCUGAUGCUGGGGUCCAUCCUGAGCACUCUGUUGGCUGCUCUCAGGGCCAGAAUAGCAAGUCAAACAAUGUCAAGUUUAAGAGGCUCUACAGCAUCACCAAAAAAGGAGGGUAAUUUAGUACUUUUUAGUUUUAAAAAAUGGAUUUAGAGUCCCAUCAUAAUCUGAGGCCCUAAACUGUAGUUUACUUAACUUGUUCAUAAAUCCAGUUCUGAAUGCUCUGUUCUCCAAACAGUGAUCUAGAUGCCACUAUAUUCCUUUUCAUUAGGAUGCCACAGUAGAUUUUCAGGAGAAUGUACGGAAAUCUUCAGCUGGUUCUGGAAGCUGCCUGCAGCAUCCCUCCCCACCUCCAACAUCUACAGGCAUCUUCAGAGUUGGACAAAGGCCUCAGUACGCUUCAUGUAGUGCUACUAGGCCCCUAGUUGGGGGGAGGAUUCCCUGCCCCAUUUCCUA